CCAGCCGCGGCACUGCGUUCAGCCGUCUGCUGAUUGACUAGUGUGGUCUGGGCAGAGAUCUGUACUCGAUUAGCCGCUCUGUUGUUUGUAUUGAUACGGAAGCUCAAUGGCUAUCAAUGACACGGGGUUUACUUUAAUCCUGUUUGCGCUAGUAAAAGUAGAGGACUAAACUAAGCUGGUUCGGCUAGCGGUUCCAUUUGGACGUGACACACGGUGUUUUCCCCACACGGUAACGGGCACUUUGCGAGGCAGCAGAUGUUUAACAGGAAAUGUUAGUUUACAGUCGCAGUGAUGGAAGCACAAUGCGAGUAUUUCAUGUAUUUUCCUGCCGCUCCGAUAUCGAGUCUGUCGGACCCGGCGGACUACGCGACUCUCCCGCGUCGGAACCACGCAUACCUCGGCGAGGUCGUCCAGUUCCUGCUGGUGCUGCGGUCCCGGACCCCCGCGGGGAGGGAUGACGGCUCCCGGGCCGCGGCUUGGAAGCAGCUGGCCGGAUCUCUGUCGGCUCUGGCGAGCGCCUGCGUGGCCGAGAGCCGCGAGCAGAGACCCGGCGAAGAGUACCAGCCGGACCUGCUGAGCACCAGCAGCGAGGAGGACGGGGGAGAAGAGCCCGGGGGGAGAGAGCCUAGCGGAGAGGGGCAGGAGGGCAGGCGGACUUUCACGCAGUGCAGCCCGCGUCUCAUUCAUAACAGCCGGGCCGCCGGAGGGAGACAGUCUGCGAGUGACCCGGUGAAGUCUGCUCUGGUUCUGGAGGACCAGGUCAUCUUCAGUCUCACUGUUUCUUUGGACAAGCUGCCAGUCACCACGCUGAAAGCAAAGGUCAUAGUGACGGUGUGGAGGCAGGAGGAGGAGGAGAAGGUGGAGGUGAGGGAACACGGCUACCUGACUCUCCUGCAGCUCCGGAGUCCAACGCACACCUUCAGGCAGGACCUCAGCGACUUCAGGGCGCAGGUCAGCACCAUCCUGAAUAUUCUUCCACCUCCGAGUGUCCAAUGUAGACACAUUUCUGUCUCUGGCAAACACCUGACUGUCCUCAAAGUGUUGAACGGCAGCUCUCAGGAUGAGCUGUGUGUCAGAGACGUGAAGAUACUUCCUAACUAUAACUCGUCCUACCUCCCCAUGAUGCCAGACGGCUCCGUCCUCGUAGUCGACAACGUCUGCCACCAAUCGGCAGAGGUCACCGUGGCGUCAUUCUGUCGGAUGGACGGCGAGUCCUCAUGCUUACCCAGCACGCUCAGCGCCCUGGAGGAGCACAACUUCCUUUUCCAGCUGCAGCUGCAAGACAAAGCGAAAGAGGACUCCAGCGAGGGUUUGGAGGUCCAGAUGGUGGCUGUGUUACAGUGGUACACUCCAACACUGCCUUUAACAAGGUACGUCUCCAGUUGUUACUCGCUGCCCAGUAUCCGCUUGGAACGUCCUCUGCUGGUGAUGACGGCCUCCUGUCCCCGCAUGGUCAGGCCUUUGGAGCGCUUCUGGGUGAAGUACACCCUGCUUAACCACUUGCAGGACUUCCUGUCCAUCCGCCUCAUCUGGAAUUCAGACGCUGAUAGAGGAGGCCAGCGGGACCACAGGGCCCACCCAGCAGUGGUGUGCCGCUCUCCCCUCAACAACCUGGGACAGUGUAGGAAGGGCUCCACCCUCUCCUUCACCGUGGCCUUCCAGAUCCUCCGGGCUGGACUCUUUGAGUUGAGCCAGCACAUGAAACUGAAGCUCCAAUUCUCGACCUUGGUGUCCACUCCACCCGCGGAGCCCCGGUCGCCGAGGAGGCACUCUCCGUCGCCAUCAUCGCCAUCCGGCCCCGCAACCAGAGAGCUGCUGGAGCGGCACGGCCCGGGCCGAUCUCAGAGCUUCUCCCACCAGCAGGCGUCUAGGUCAAACCACGUCAGGUCAGGCAGUGUGAUGGUGCAACGGGCCGCCACCCCUCCCGUUGGACCUCUAAUCGGCAGAGCCCUGCCCCCGCCUCCCGACCACGCCCUCAUCUCAACGGACAAAAUAGCCAAGAGAGAGUGUAAGGUGUUGGUGCUGGAACCAAUCAAAGAGGCUCACGGCAGAUGACCUGGAGAGGAAGGUUUUGACUGAAGAUGCACAGUGUUUGUCCCCUCCCACCUGCGUCCUCUGGGGAGAGGACGACCGUCUGCCUGGAGACGACAAGACGGGAGAUGGAGUGAUGGACGGAGGAGCAGAGCUCGUUGGUGAUGGAGCAAUUCUGUACACAAUACGUCCUUAUUUCUUUGGUUCAUAUAAGCAAUUAUUAUUUUUACACUGGCUUUUAUCUCACAUUCCUUUUUUACCCAGUGGGUUAUUUUAAUUUCCUUCUUAUGCCCGUGUGAUGUUAAUGUUUAGUUACUAUUAUAUUUAAAAGGUUUAUGUAGGAUACUAUUAAGCACGGAUAAAGCUGGGUGGGUCCAGCAAGGUUCAUUUCUAUUUCACUGUAACUGUGAUAUUCAUAGUGAUACUAACUUAGACUAGAGAAAAACAUGCUAAUACGUAAAUGUAGUAAUUAACAAACAGCUCCCUUGGGUGUCUGUCAAAAGUAAUGCGUCAGUAAUUACAAUAAAUAUGAAUAGUUCAAAGGUAAGAGGAUACAAUGCGACCCAGUACCAUUCUGUAGUCUUAACACUAUAUAUAUAUAUUUUUUAUGUACUCUUCUUAAGGAUUUAUAUUUUUAGUUGAUGUUCAGGUUUUAAAUGAAUGUUUUUUCAUCUUUGUUUUGCCCCCGGAUGCACGCCAUGGUCCAACAACCCUGAAUUAAAGACUGAACAUAGUGAGCAGUGUAAACCAGGUUCAUCCGCUAUGAGGGCUCGUUAUUGGAUUAAUGCUGCUUGGAUUCACUUCUUGUGUUUACAUUCACGUUGUAUUACAUUUCUGAAAUCGGCAUUCACAGCAUUUCAUUGAAGAGGUUAACACUUUAAAGUAGACGGAUAUUGACAGAAUGAUUCAUUCCUUAGGUUGUUUCUAGGAUAAAACUUAAUUUAUCUGAUCAUUUAUUUUUUUAUCUGUUCAUUUACAAACUACUUUGAAUGAAGAGUUGAAUCUCAAGGACUAGAAACGGACAACAGUAAAUAUUUACGUACUAUUGGAAGCUUGAAUUGUUUGACUGUUUACAAAUGUCCUGACUUUUGACAUUUGCAUUUGUCAUGGACCAAAGGGUCUUUCAGGGAAAAUUUGCGACGACGGUGGCACUGGACAAUACAAGUCAUAGGAUCUUUUAAGAAUUUUGACCUAAACCCUCAGGAAGAAAAUUUGAUCUAGAGGAAUUACAUUUUCUGGGUCACAUGAAACCUCGUGGACCAAAAAUACUUUCGCCCUUUGUCUUCCAUUGUGAAAGAGAGCUCUGUAUCUCAAAAGGUUGUUUUUUGUUUAUGUGAAUGCGCGUAUGGUGCCAUCGCAGUAUCAAAGCAACUUAUUACACACUUAAUAUUGAGCCCUGUGUACUUAUAGGAAUCUUGAAUUUGAGGUUGUAGAGUGUGGGUACACGUGUGGAUUUGUACACCAGUGAGCCUUGUUUUUUUACACUGGAGUUUUAAUAUCAGGAUGAGCCGAACACAGCUGCUGCUGUUCUUUUUCUCAAUGUGCCUUCUAUUCGGUUCCUCGGCGUGGAACCUCGUCUCAGGGGCCACAGACGGCGCCAGAAAGCUCGCUGUUGUGUAACAUGUUUGAAGGCUCCCAGUUUUCUGCCCACUUAAUGUUGAAUAAAUGACUACUAGGUGUUGUGUUGUCCUGCUUAAUAUGCACUGGUCUGUCGUCGGGCUUUUGUAGCCGAUUCAAGGUAGUUUUCAUGAUACUUGACGAGUUUGUGUAUUACUGAUCUUUUUCAUCAUCAUUCUUCCAAAUAUUCCAACAGCAGUAGAGAGCGUCAAUUCAGUGAAUCAGUGUUGGAAGUAUGAGUUUAAAUACUUAGUAUUUUCUGCUAUAAUUAUGCUUUUACUCUCUGGAUAUUGUCCUUUUUAUUGAACUACAUUUUUUAGACGAAUUCUGUUCAUUUACAGUUCAAUAUUAUUGAUACAACAAGGCAUCGACACAAUAGUGUGUGUCGGGGGAUCUCUGUCCGCGGUGGAAGUGCGCUCAGCUAUGCUUGUACAUAAUUCCCCCUUUAUGUCUCACAGAACCUUUUACUGGCUCUUGUGGAAUUUUUGUUUGUUUUAUUUUCUAAGUCUGGAUUCUUUCGGCUGUGUUAAUGUACAUGGCAGACAUUCUGAAAGGACUUGAACUUUCAACAUGUUUGUGUUUCGUUUCAAGAAAAGUGGUAUUGUAUGAAGAAAUACACUGGGGAACAUUUUCUGAAAAUUAAUAUUUGGUAUAAUUGAUCAGGACAGAAGGUGUUUUAAAACUUUUAAAUGAAAAGUGUCAAAAUAAAUUCAGAGUAUUUCUUAUAGCAUUUUGGGAGGACAUGUCUAUUCUGAAAGGUAACAAGUGUGUCCUUUUUGUUAAUUGUUUUUCAAUUUUGACCCUUCACAAAAUAUUUAAAAUCCUUUGAAAUUGAUGAUGUUGCUAAUCACUGUCAAAAUAUGAAGCAUUUAGUGUAUUUUUUUUGAAAGUGCUCAAACUUUGAAGAUUUUAAUCAUGCCAUAAGAAUGUCAGUUAAAGGAUUGAACUGAAGUGUAAAGAUUAAUCUGUUUUAAUGAAAACCCUUUUCAACGGAGACAUCACACCAUGGCACUUAAUACCAUAAAUAAACCAACGCAUACACAUA